CAGGUUGUAACGAUGCAGUGUCCGAAGGCUUAAACCCCAAAUUUUUCUCAGAACCAAAACCCUAAAACCUCCGAAGCCCUCCAUUUUCAACUUCGCUCCGAAGAACGCAUUCGACGUUGCCUGAAAAUGAAUCCGAAGCUCUUGUCCGAGAUCCUCAUCAGAAAUGCGAGGUCGAGCAGAUCCUACUACACCAACACUGCCAGCAAGGCCACACUCUACUCCAGAAUCAGUCCGCUCGGGAGUCCUACCACCAGCGUUGUGCCGGAGCUCGAAGACUGGAUUUCAAAGGGAAAAAAGGUUCGAGUCGGAGAGCUUCAGCGCAUUAUUCACGAUCUUCGCAAGCGCAGGCGCUUUUCCCAGGCCCUAGAGAUUUCCGAGUGGAUGAAUAAGAAGGGUGUAUGCAUUUUCUCACCUACUGAACAUGCUGUGCAACUGGAUCUGAUUGGAAAAGUUCACGGAUUCCUUUCUGCAGAGAGUUAUUUCAAUAAUCUGAAGGAGCAAGAUCAGACUGAUAAGACUUAUGGCGCCCUUCUGAAUUGCUAUGUUCGGCAGCGCCAAACUGAUAAGUCACUCUCUCAUUUACAGAAAAUGAAAGAGAAGGGUUUCACUUCUUCAUCUCUUACUUACAACGACAUCAUGUGCUUGUAUGUUAAUCUUGGUCAGCAUGAGAAGGUCCCUGAUGUUCUAGUGGAGAUGCAGGAGAACAAUGUUUCUCCUGACAACUUUAGCUACAGAAUUUGUAUGAAUUCUUAUGGUAUGAGAUCUGAUAUUGAAGGAAUGGAAAGGGUUCUCAAGGAGAUGGAGAGCCAAUCUUAUAUUACUAUGGAUUGGAACACAUACACUGUAGCUGCUAAUUUGUACAUAAAAGCAGACCAACCUGAUAAUGCAAUCAAUUCUUUAAAGAAAUCAGAAGAGAAGCUACAUAAUAAAGAUUCAAGUGGAUACAACCAAUUAAUUUCACUUUAUGCCAGACUGGGGAAUAAGGAAGAGGUCUUGAGGGUAUGGGAUCUAGAAAAAAGUGCUUGUAAGAGGUGCAUAAACAAGGAUUAUAUUAUUAUGCUAGAAUCUCUUGUGAGGCUUGGUGAGCUCGAGGAAGCUGAAAAAGUGUUGAAGGAGUGGGAGUCUUCGGAAAACUGUUAUGAUUUCCGUGUACCAAACUGUCUCAUUGUCAGCUAUGCUAAAAAGCGAGAGUGUGAGAAAGCAGAGAAACUGCUCGAGGACCUUGUGGAGAAAGGAAAAAUGACCAGCCCCAACAGUUGGAGUAUUGUGGCUUUGAAAUACCUGGAAAAGAAGGAGACAGAGAAAGCUUUGGAGUUAAUGAAGGUAGCUAUCUCACUUCACUCGCUUCAUUCGGAAGUAGUGUGGAAACUCAAUCCUAGAGUGACCACAAAAUUGUUGAGUUGGCUGGGUGAUAAUGAGAGUGUUGAAGCAGUGAAAGCAUUUGUGGACAUACUGAGAACUGUUGUCCCAGUGAAUAGACAUAUGUAUCAUGCAUUGUUAAUUGCACAUAUAAGAGGUGGUAAAGAAAUAGAUGCCAUUUUGGAGGGCAUGAAAAGUGACAAGAUAGAUGAAGAUGAAGAAACAAAGAAAAUCCUUGCCAUGAGACUAAACUCAACUUGAAGUCCUAGUUUGGCAAAGGAAUUUACUAGUACCAACUAAAACUUUUAGAAUCUUGAAGUUCGAUUUUGGUUUUAUUAAGAUUAUAAUUUUCGGUUGUUCAAUGCAAAUAAUUUUUGUUUUUAUUCGCUUGUUCUAUUGAAUGAAUCAUAUAUCGAAUAAAAGGAAAUGGCUGAUGUCAGUCUAGCAUUUGACCUUCUCA